UCGGGUAGAUACCGUCCGCCCGCGCCACCCACGUACCGAUUCUUCUACUACAACCUCGUUAGUCUAAGUGACGUAAAGCCUUCAUAUAGUCGCGCACUGUGAAUGAGUACGUACGUUAUUGAGGACAACGUGGGAUCGUUGCAUUGUGCCUCUAGUGUAUGGACAAAUAAAUAUUCAACCUUGCGAACUGCAUUUAUUAUUCAGUGGCUACGCUAAUACACAUAGCCAGGAUGGCGCCUCGUACAGAUAAUCAUGAGGAUCAAAACAUCAGAUAAUGGUAACAUCGCCGUACACAACAACCAAGACGUAUUGUCACGUAGAAAUUCCGACAACAGAAGUUGGUUGUCUGUGAACAACAGCGCACAAACCAAUUUACGUGAGAAUAGUACGGACUACUCCAAAGUUACGAAUUGUAACACAGUGUACAGCUCUCAAAGGAAGUUAGAGACGUUUGAGAAUUACUCUACUACUUCGGAAGUUGGUGCAGACAGUGAGGACUUGACUGUAAGCCCGGAACUUGUGUGCAACAAACAGUACCGGAUCAACAACAGACACGUGAACAGCGUACAGACGUGCAAUAAUUCUGCCACGGACAAUCUGGAGGGAAGCAUAGACACCGUCAGCGCGCCUUGUACAGAUUUUAGAAAUAAUACUAAUGUAUAUACAGAGACAACACCAGUUGACGAGGAAAGAGCAUUUGAACAUUCUGAUACAGAUGAAAUGUCUGAGAACGGCAUCCAUCCUGUACCGAGGGGAAUUGUGAAUCCAAAUUAUCCUGGUUUCCAACACUUAGCGCACACGUUACAGGAUUAUUCAUCAAAUAUAGAAAAUUUUUAUCAUUCGGAAAAUGAAAUGACUGAUGACGAUGUGGAUGUAGAAAUAACUGACCUGGCAUACGAACCAGAACCUAACCAAAAUGAAACUACGGACUACAAAAAUAUUAAUAACAAUAAUAACAUUAAAUCUGACUUAAUAAAUACAACACUACUAUCACCGCAAAGUAAAUCAGAUUCACAGCAAAACAUUGUAGAUAGUCAAAUAAAAAAUGAUAUACCAGACCUUUUAAAGACGAUAUCUAAGAAUAAUAAUAACAAUGAUGAGUCAUUUAAUUAUGAAUUAAAUUGCACAGAUGCAGACAUAGAGAAUAACUUUCACGCUAAAGAUAUUAUUGGUGACUUUAAUAAGGAAAUCGAAGAUGAAAUAAAACAAUUACUGAACUAUAACAUAAACAUCCAAGAUGACUUAGAAGAAUUACGCAAAGAUAUCAAAGAUACUUUUGCAAAACCUAUUGAAAAUACCAUUAACAAUAUUAGUGACGUGGUCAAUCACGUAAUAAAGAAAUUAGUAGAAACGCAGUGUGAUGAAAAUGAUGACAAUUUUAAAGAUAGUUUUGCGAAACAACAAAAAAUUGACGAAAUUAGUGAAAUAAACAAAGAAAAUGAGAAAAACAUUCGAACAGAAAUGAAUUUAAGUAGGCCUACGUUUUUACUAAUAGAAAAUAACACCAAUGAUAAGAUCACAGAUGCUUUCCUAUCAGAUGGAAAGGAUGAAAUCAAUAUUAAUGACUAUAAUACUGAAAAAUUGAGCCUUAAUGUGGAAAAUACUAUUAAGCAACUCAGUACUGAGUUGAGAAAGAUAAUUCCUAAAUUAGAUGAAAUGCGUGAACGUGACAGGUUAUGGGCCGAAAGCAAAAAAGAAACUGUUGUCAUCGAUGGAAAUUCAAAUGAAGUAGCACAUUCUUCGAAAGGGUACAGUUUAAUGAGUAAAAGUGUUCACUCGCAAGGUAAACCAGAUGUUAGCAAAACUAUGAGGCUCACUGAUAAUCAUAUAAGUCUCAGAAGCAAUUCUAUACGAUCACCUAUUGAACCCAAGGCGUCCAGAGAUAAACAAAGAGAAAUAACUACAAGCAAAAACUCUUACCGCACUGCUCAAAGUAAAACAUCCGUCCGUAAAAAUGACAACACAAAAGAUGUAGAUUUGGGAAGUUUUGAUGUUUACAACAUAGAAACAGCUUUGCCUAAGUUAGAUUUGGAUGCCAUUGAGAAUCAUUUGAAAGCCGCAAAAGAAGCAGAAAGACGGAAACGCAAUGAUAGAGAGGAGAUCAGGAGACGGCUGGCUAUGGGAGCGGAUGCUGAGGAGUACUAUAGUAUGGGACACACGGACCGACCAGGAAAGAAACCAAGUCUCCAUUCACGACUUCAAAGUGGGAUGAAUCUACAAAUAUGUUUCAUGAAUGAAACCGCAUCUGACAAUGAAUCUCAAGCAUCAGAUUUUGAAAAAAAUUAUAAUAACACAAAGAGUUUGUCUCGAUCAAGUUUAUUUAGCAAGUCAAGUUACAAUCAUCCAUACCAAACGAGACCUUUGUCAGUUAAUAUCACAAAACAUGACAAAAUAAGUACCGUGCAGAGUGGAGCAAAGUUACGACCAACAUCCCUUUCAUUAAAGACAAAGUCCAGGUCAUCACACUCUUUGGGCCAUAUUGAGAUAAAGGAGUCUGAUUUCUAUGUACUGCAAGCUACCUUACAGACUGAGGCCAGGGUCGCACUGGCACAAGCGAAAGAAAUGGCUCGCAUACAAAUGGAGCGCGAACGACGCAGUAGGGCAGUGUCGCCCGUGACAGAAAUGCUCCGGCGCAGCAUGGAGAAGGCCAACGCGCCGCUCGCCCCUGACAGGCGCCGAGUGUCGCGGCAACUACUCACCGAUAUGAACAUAGCUCAGUUGCAGGUGAUAGUGAAUGAGCUGCACUCUCAGAUCGAGUCGCUGAAUGACACGCUCGUCAAGAUGCUGAUGGCUCGGGAUGAGCUGCACAUGGGGCAAGACUCCAUGCUCGUCGACAUUGAGGACUUGACGCGCUAUCUGGGCGUCAAGGAGCAGACUAAGAAAACCAAAGGCACUACUAAACCGGCUAUGAGGAGGCUCACAUCUUUAGUGCACAAAUAAGUACACAAUAUCUUAACAUUAGGCUUAUUAUAACUGCGAUCUAUCUAUCUAGUACAUACACAGGUGGUCACUUGGACAUGUAAGGCAGUGCGAGAGGUAGAUAUUACACUAGCAUUGAAUAACUUUCUAAUAUUAUAUGCUCGUAUGGAAUGAUUGAGAGGCAACGAUUCUAUAUACAUGUGUCUUUGUAAAUACACCACAUAAUUGUCACAUAUUAUGAACGUUUACACUAUAUUUUAGAACUAAAAACACUAUGUAUAGAACUGUUGCAUUUUCGUUGAACAUUCACACACACAUAAACCAAUUAGUUCAGUUAUUUAUUGGAUUUUAAACUUUAUUGUUUUGAUGUAAAGUCGAAUAUCCAAUGAAAAAUUGACAGAUUGGAGUAUGUUUACCAGAUGGCGACUGUACUACGAAAAUUGUUUUAAGAACUAAGUAAUAAUUUCCAUAUACCAGUGAAUAACGAGUAUCCAAAUACAUAUAUACUGUGUUUUAUCUAUCUUCGCACUGUAUUCCUAUAUUAAAUCCGAUAUUGUCGUAUAAUUUUUUGACAGCAUAGCAAAUGUUCAAGGUCGCGGCUGGAGCCGAGACGAAUUUAGUGUGGCAACUGUAAAGUUACAACAUUGUUUGAGAUAAAACUGAAGUAGAUGUAUUAGCAACGGAUACACUUGAUUGCAUUUACUAGUCCACUGGUACAAAAUAAAUGGAAAAGGUUCGGAACAACUCAAUACUUUUUUAAGGAGGCUGUUUUUAAAUUCGUGUACCUAGCUGAUAUAAUAAAUUCAACUGUAUGUCAAUAUAUUUUAAUGAGCGGUAUUUUUUUAACUCACAAUCACAAUAUACCAGUGAUACAACAUUCGUAUUCAACCUCAUUAAUAUACUUAGGCCUAUGACAUACGGAAGAACUCUUGCUGCAGAUUUCUGAAUGUCUAUUGAACUUCCGAAAACAGUAGAUUCUUCUGACGUUUUUUCAAACCUUGACCAUGUCAAGACAUUAGAUAAUAUUUCAAGGAAAUCGGUUCUUAUACAUUUAUAGAAUAUAAAAGAACAUAUUUCUAUGUUAUAUAUAAUUAUGUACGUCAGAACUUGAGGUUAGCUUAGAGUUACAUAGCCACAUUAUCUUCUCCGGAACACCGCCGCGACCCAAUUGUUUACCCUGCAUGAUAUUACAACAGAUGUUAGCGCAUUAUAUGUAUAUACUGGUUCUUGUUAGUAAACCCGUCAGUUCCCCUUAUUCUAAUAAAUGUGUAUAUCAGAUUUACUGUAUAUUCUAAGGAUGGUUUUAGUCUGACGCUGAUGCACGCGCCCCGUCAGCUCUGAUGGCCGAGAUAUAUGAACUUCUAGAAAGCGUCUUUGACUGACGCGUUACUAUCUGAGCGCACGGGUCCUAGCAGUUCAUAUAUCUCGGCUGUCAGCGCUGACGGUCAGCGUGCGGUCAGCAUGACUCAAAAAUCACCCUAAUACAUGUCCGCUUUAAAUAGAUACAUAAACUUGUUAACCCACCUAAAUAUUAUAUAUUUUACAAUUAUUCGCAGAUUAGAUAAAUAUUUUUUUCAAAAUAGUGCUCAUUGUUAUUUAUCGAUAAUGAAUCUAUGCCUUUGGUAUGAGGAGGCUACUGUCGCGGGAUUAUUGUUACGCUUGAUUUGUUACUAUUAUUAAUUAGGUAUAUUCACAAACUAAAAAGUAUACAUUCAGUUAAGCAUAAAACGUAUUGAAGAAUUUCUAAUAAAGUAUAAUUAAGCAACAAUUAUAUUAUAGUCUACAAAUUGCUGUAAAUUAAAAUAAUGACAUCGUACUUGACUGAAUGUAUACUCGUUUAUCUAUAGGCUGUCUUCAAAUCGGUCAUCACUUCUUGGAUGAUACCUUACAUCCAGCCUGUAGGACUAUAACUAAACGAUAUUUAUAAUAAAACCUGCAUGGUUUGAAUUUAUCUGUAUACGAUCUAAAAGUAUAAAAAGCAAUGCAAAUUAUUGUAACUGGCAAGUUUUAUACGAGCACAUUUAUGUAUGUGUGUGUGUAUUACUUCACAAUGCAAUAAGUAAUAAAGUUGUUUAUACAUAAACCCUGCAUGAUAUCUCGUCGAAGGCAUAGAUGAUUAUAUUUUGUAAACUAGUAUACUCACAAUAUAUACAGGUAGGCAUGUAGAGAUGCACAUGCCGUCGAUCAUGUCCAGUGAUCUUAUCGGAGGCUUGUAAUGAAUGUAGUUUACAUACUAAAUAACUAACGGAAUGCAAAUCGGCCGCUACGUGCGAUUAUCUCGUCAAUACACUCAUAACUUACUACCUAACAAAAUAGACAACCUCUUUCAUAUUCAAUAUCAACUCGUUAUCAAAAGUAAUAUAUUAUGUACUAAUUGUAUGUCAUAGUUGUUUACGAUAUCAUAUUCAUACACGUUAUAUAUUAUAUCUAAUAAGAAUGUAAAUAAAUGCUGCAUUAUACGUGUUAUUAUAAAUAUCUCACAGUAUUAUACUUAUAAUCACAUAAGUCCAAAUACACAUACCAUUGUUAGGUAGUACUCUACACGUUUGCAUUCCAAAGAUCUUCUCUUAAAUGGUUAUUUGUUGUGUAAUUAUAACUAUCAAAUAUAUACAUAUAUCAGCAAAUAGAAGUAAAUAUUUCUUGCCUUAUCAAAAUAAUUUAAUCUCGCUAAGCUCUAAGCAAUUCGUCGGUGAUACAUAAACAUUUAUUCUAUUUACAAUAAUUUUACAAUGUUAAUUAGUUAUGUACUUACUUGUAUCGUUAUAACUCUGAGUAUAUUAUGACCAUUUGUAACUCUAAACGCAUUCCAUGCACAACAAUUUGGCAGCGCUUGUAAGUUGCGCAAUUUUUGCGCAAGUAACCUAACCGUAUGAUGUGAACUUUUACGGAAGACGAAGUACUUUAUGACACCGAUACUUACAUGAUGUUCAUAGAAUACUUUUCUCUAAUAGACGAGGACUAAUUCACCAUACUUUGCGUCGUUUAACAAAGAUUAAGGUACUCAGUUUUAUAAUGAUAUCACUUCUAGGUACUGAUUGGAAUGACACCAAUAUUAUCAGUUUUACUAAGUAUUUAUAGGCCUCUAAAUUAAAACAAAAGUGUAUCAUUAAUGUUAGUUUAUUUGUCGUGGUUUAACAGCUGAUUGUUUAGGAUAUUUUUAUCAUUAUUAUUAUUCAUGUAUUCUUCGUUUAUAGCUUGGGAUCUCAAGUAUUAUUCCUACUAUUGUGUACCUAUUGAUAUUAAGUCUCUUUCUUACUUUUCUAUAUUAUGUAGUAAAUGUAUUGUAUGUUAUUGGGUAUAGUCAGUUUAUGAAAUGAUUUUCAUGAUAACAAGUGCUGGCGUUAUCUGAUAGAAAGUUUUGCUGUGCUAGAAUUAGUUACCAUUAUUGUUAGUUCUAUUUUCUUAUGAUUUCUUUCAUGUAUCUAAGAUGUUUUUGUGUGAACGAGGGUUUGGUAUGGUCGCUACUAUAUCAUUUAAAUAUUGCGAGGAGUGUUACAACGCUAAACUUUGACGCAGGAUGCAUCAGUCAUCCACAGAUAUGUGUAAAUGUUUCUCAAAAAGAAAUCUUAACAUAAACUGUAGCACCAUUUGAUAGAAUGACUGUACCAAGCCCAAGACUUAUGUUAACUCUAAGUACCUUCGUCUCUAAAUUGUUUACUACAAGCAUACUAUACGCAUUUAUUUACCUAAAUGUUAUUAGGGAGUUACACAUGAAGUUAAUUAUUAUAAUAUCUGAAUAAUGAAAUGUUGGAAAUAGGUUUAACUUUACAAAUUAUAAUAAUGCUAAUGUGCACCUUAGCCGCACUCCACUGUAAGAUAUAAAUGUUCCGUAAGUUAUGCAAUACUAGUGUACUUACAUAAUAUUAUUUGUGUAGAUUAUAUUUUUGUAACGUCCACCAUCGUUACCGUAACAAGGUGAUAUUGUCAGGCUGAUAUUACCGGUAUUCUUUAAACGCCACGAAAUAUGGUAUUUCUUUAUUUCUUACUCUAGGUUAUACUAUAUUUUACGAUCAUUGGGUACAGGUGCACUCGAACUCAUUCAAAACAUUAAUACAAUGUAUUCAUCCUGUUUGCAAAUGUUAUUCUGAUAAUCUUCUGAAAACCUGAUAUUAUGACAAUUUUAUGUCUCAUUACAAGUGUGUUAAAAGCUCCAUUGACGUUAAAGAACUGUAAAAAAUAAUUGAAUAUUCGUCGUUCCAUCAAUAUUAUCACUGGAUCCAUUAAUUGGACGAUUAUAAUAUGUAAAUUAUUUAUAUAAAAACACAUAAAAUUGAAAUUAUAAAAACCCUUUGGUAUAACUAUAAAAUUUUGUAAACUGGAUGACGAUUUAAAUUAUGAGCUCAAUAUUGAAUACAUCAACAAUAGUUUCCAACAUUUUUAUAUGGCAACUUUGAAAUUCUAUAUAUUUUUGUUACUGAUUGUUACUAAGUUACAGGGAGCAACAGUUGCAUUAAACAGAGCUUUGAACUGCUAAAUGUAUGAUAAAAUAAAAUUUAUGAAAUGUUUACUUAUGAUUGUCGACAAAAUUUCAUGAUACCUAAAGAUUAAGUACUUUUUUGUUGUUCUUUAUUCUGUAAUGUUUCUACUGAUGUCGGUCCGCCAUGACGGGCCGACUACCGACGUUCGUGGUGAAUGAAUGCUUGGCGUGCUUAUUGUCAACUCUUACCGACAUGUGAUAAAAUAUUAUUGAAUAUUCUAAAUAAACGGGAAAGUGUUUA